AUUAAAAAAAAAAACCUUCCAUGAUUUCUAGAAAGUCUGAUUUGAAUCGUAAUCUUCAGUUUUAUGUUAUUUCUUUGAAAGUAAUAGUUUAGUCCUAAACACAGCUGUGUGUGAGAAGGAAACUGAAGGAAGGUGUUUGGGUUUUCAUGCUAGCUCAAGUUUGGCUCCGGGGAUUAAACCAUUCAGCGGGGGUGAUGGACUGUACCACUGUGUCUGAUCAUAUUGGCCAUAAUAAUAAUAAACACCACACUAACCAUAAAUAUGGAUUCACGUGCAGUGAGGACGAGUUUUGGAGAAAUCGGCUUCUGGUCUGAGAGGACACCAGUACACGAGGCUGCGUCUUUAGGACAAGUUGAGAAGCUCCAGAUUCUGGUUGAUACUGGUGCUUCAGUAAAUGCAGCGACGGUAGACAACAUAACCCCUCUGCAUGAAGCCUGCAUACAGGAUCACCCAGAGUGCGUUCAAGUGCUUCUGAACGCCGAUGCACAGGUGGAUGUACGGACCAUUCAUGGUAGCACCCCUCUGUGCCAUGCGUGUGCAGCAGGCAGUGUGGAGAGUGUGAGACUGCUCCUAGAGCAUGGAGCGUCCGUGAAUCCCUCUCUGACAGCCCUCACUGCCUCCCCACUGCACGAGGCCUGUAUACGAGGUAGUGCAGAAUGUGUGAAGCUGAUUUUAUCAAAUGGAGCCCUGCUGGAGGCUUUCGACAUUCACUUUGGGACACCGCUGCACGCCGCCUGCGCUAAAGCACAUCUGGAGUGCGCCGUACAGCUGCUCAAUGCAGGUGCCCGUGUGAAUGCCAUAAAGUUCCAUGAGACGGCUCUGCACCACGCAGCGAGAGUGGCUCGGACGGACCUCAUCAAGUUACUGGUGGAGUUUGGUGGAGACAUUAAUGUCAGGGACAACCUGGAACACAAACCAAUAGAUUACACAACCCCUGGAUCCCCAUCUCACAUCUGUCUACAGCACUACGAGAGUUGUCCUCUGUCUCUCCAGCAGCUGAGUCGUAUCGCACUGCGGCGUGUCCUGAGCACCAGAGCGCUGCAGGUCAUCCCCAGACUAGACAUCUCUCAACGCAUCAUCAGUUACCUCUGUUACAAAUAAUACAGCAAAACUACUCCAUGCGAGUUUGUGUUACUGUGAAAAUGGCAAUAACGAGCACACGCAAAGUCAACUAAACAUUUUUAUGUUGUUGUCCUUAAAUAUAGUACUGUACGCUGUGAGAAAUAUUGUCCAUUGUUUCAUGGUGCAUUAAUCAAACUGUUUGAUGUAAUGUGCAAAUAUUUGAUUUAAU